AUGUCAUCAGUGGUCACUGCUUCCAGAGCUAUGGAGCUGAUGACCUCACCCCCUCCCGGGAGCCAGCGCUAUGCAGUGGGGCUGGGUACUCCUUACCUCAGCCCAGCCAAGAUCCUCAGUACCAGUUUGAGUGGAGCUACCACCAUCCAUGGCACAAUCCGCUUUGUCUGUUCCCCCGAGAACCGGCUUAAGACAGCAUCUUGGGGACUGCUGCUCCUGGGCGCCCUGGCAGUGCUCUACUGGCAACUUGGGCUGCUCCUGGAGCAGUACUGGAGUUAUUCAGUCAUCAUGGCAGUAUCUGUGCACUGUGAGCACAAAUUCUUCCCAUUGGUCACUUUGUGUGACAUGAAGCCACAUCGGCCUAGACUCAUCUGCCACCAUCUGGAGGCGCUUGAUGUGUUUGCCCAGGAGAAUAUCUAUGCCCUCUACAAGUUCAACUUUAGCGAGGGUAGGAUUACCCCCUUUGCCAGGGUCUCCAGACAUGAACCCUCCUUCCAGCUGGACCGUGGAAUCCGUCUACAGUGGCUGAGGCACCUGGGCAGCCAACACAAAGUGGGCUUCAGACUGUGCAACAGCACUGGUGAUGACUGCUUCUAUCGUGCCUACUCUUCAGGUGUGACAGCUGCCCAGGAGUGGUACCAGUUUCACUACAUAGACAUCCUGGCCCUACUGCCUAUAGACUGGGAGGGCAGCCAUCAAAGUCAUGGCGGCCACUUCAUCUUAUCCUGCUGCAGUGGCAGCGAGGACUGCCAGGAUUGGCACUUCAGGAAGUUCUACCACCAGACCUAUGGCAACUGCUACACCUUUAAGAGCAACUGGGCUGCACAGCACACAGGCAUCACACAUGGAAUCAGCCUGGUCCUCAGGGCUGAAGAGCAGGAUCACCUCCCUCUGCUGUCUACAGAGACUGGAAUCAAGGUUAUGGUUCAUGGACACAAUACACCUUUCCUGGAACACUAUGGCUUCAGCAUUCAGCCAGAGACCCAGACCACUAUAGGAAUCCAAGAGGAUGAGGUACACAGGCUUAGGAGUCCCUAUGGCCACUGCACUGAUGGCAUUGAGGGUGUAGAAGUGAAGCUUCUGUAUAACAUCUCAUACACCAGGCAGGCAUGCCUAGUUUCCUGCUUCCAGCACCUGAUGGUGGAGAUCUGCUCCUGUGCUUACUACCUCUACCCACUGCCUGAUGGAACCCACUACUGCAGCCACAAGCAACACCCAGCCUCGGUUGAGCCUGUCCUACAGGCUGACAUGGAAACCCACCAGCUCCCCUGUGUCUCCUGCUACCCUAGGCCUUGCAGAAGCAGUGUGGCCAAGGUGAACAUCUAUCAGGAACUCAAGUACUGUACCAUAGAUGAGGCACCUGUAUACUCACCUGUGGAGCCUUUGGUUUGGCUCAUCCGUCUCUCUGUGCUGGAGCUGCUGGAGCUGCUGCUGGAUGUUACCACCCUUGCUGUGCUGCUAGGCUUUCGCUGGCUCUGCCAGGGACAGGAGUCCUGGCUGGGUGGCAGUACUGCCUCAGGGCAAUCCCACACACCAGAGGCCAACCACAGGUUCCAGAGUGGCACGGUUGACACCAGAGAUGUAGAGGGUCCACCUAACCCUGGGAGAUGUGGCAGCAGUAGGUUCCCCAUAGGGGGUAAGAAUAACCACCAGAGCCCAGGAAGCAGCAGCACAUGGAUCAUGGGCAUGCCUCACACAUCAGAGUCUCUCUUCACCCACCUACAACACCUGAAGCCCCUCAGGUUGAAGAGCCUCAACACAGAGCGGUAG